AUGUAUACAUUUUUAUUAAUUAAUUUUGUAACAUCCUUACCCACACCUUGUACAAAUGAUAAAGACUGUUUUAAUAAGUCCCGACCAGAUAUACAUACAUCUUACUGUGUAAAUAAUAUUUGUUCUAAGCUUCUUCCACCAGGUGAACACUGUACAAUGCCACAACAAUGCGCAUCGUAUUCAUUUUACGGACCUAUAGCAUGUUCAGCAGAGUGUAAAAUAGAGAAUGAAUGCAUGAUAUCGCGAUUAAUAGAAUCAACUUAUUGUUGUUUACCUAUUCCCGAAAAUAAAAGAUGUAAUCCGAAUAGACCAAGCCAUUUAACAGGAUGUGAAAUAAAACAGUCUUGCAUCUCUAGAAAUAAUCAUUAUGUUUGUAGUUACAACUCUUCAAACUCUAUUUGGCUUAUAGGAGCCUUUCUUAGUGUAUUAGGGAAUAUUUUAAUUAAUACUGGUGUUAAUAUACAAAAAUUAUCAUAUGUUAAGUCUUACUUUACAUUUCGCAGUGUUAGUUUAAGUACAUUUAAUAUAGGUAUGUUAAUAUAUCUAAUAGGUAAAAUAUCAGGAUAUUUAUCUUAUAUCUUUGGUGAUCAAUCAUUACUUGCAGCACUAAGUGCUACAGGCCUUGUAUCAAAUUCGAUACUAGCUCCGCUUAUUAACGGUGAGAUAUUUACAUAUAAAGAUUUACUAGCUAUAAUCUUUGUUUUUACCGGUACAUCACUAAUAAUAUUUAAUACUAAGGUGUCUCAUAAGUCAUAUUCACUAUGUGAAUUACUUAAGUUGUACAAGAAGCCUUCAAUUAUUUUAUACUUUUUUACUAUUUUUUUUUUAAUUAUUUUUUUAUAUUGUUUUAUACGCUACGUAGAAACUAAUAGUAGCUUUAGAGAAGAUCAUUCAGUAAUUUUUAUGAGUGAUACUAUUUGGUUUGAUGAUGAUUGUUUUACUAUAAAAUAUUUAAUGGUUUUAAUGUACAUAUUUCUCAGUUCGUUUAUAGCUUCAUUCACUACACUCAGCAUUAAAUCACUGGCAGAAAUAAUUGAUAAAACAAUAUCCGGUGAAAAUCAGUUUAAAUAUUUUAUUACGUAUGUGUUUAUUAUAGGACUUUGUACAUGCACUUUCGGACAGAUUUACUGGUUGAAUCAGGCAUUAAAAAGAUAUGAUGCUUUAUUAGUAGUACCAGUAUUUCAUAUUACAUGGACAAUACUUAGUGUUAUAACGGCAGGAAUAUAUUUUCAAGAAUUUGAACACUACGACUGGAUUCAAUUUAAAUAUUUUUUUAUAGGAUUACUAAUUAUUUUUAUUGGAUCAUUAUUUUUAAGUACUAGAAUAAUUAAUAAGAAUAGUUUAAACAGUAAAGAAGAACAUAUUGAUUAA